AAACAUCUCUACCUGCCUGCCUACGCGACACAGAGAUCCAGAGGAGGCUCGACACCACUCCGCUCUGACAGCGCUAACACGGCUGACUUAACAGGUUGAACAUCCAAGAAAAUACUGGCAUCAUGUCCAAAGAUGUCGAUAGAAACCAAGUGUUUAAAACCACCAGGGUGCGGACUGCACUGAAGAACGAUGGCAGCUGGAUCCACAAAUCUGAACAGGAAAAAGGAGAGCAAAACAAACCACGGUAUACUCAACAGCUAAGGACGGAUCAUGCCGUGGAGACCAUGUCCACUCCAGUCAGGCAGAAAUCAUACGUGCUCUCCACAGCCAAGAAAUUUGAAUCAACAGACUCUCCACAGAGCUCUUCUCUCGAAAAGACACAGCCUUCUCCAUCUGAAGGUGAUUCAGCUAAUCAGGCAAAUAUUGAAGUUAUUCCUCUCCAAAAAGAUGCUCAGCCCGAGGUGUCAACAGUGGAGACCACAGACAAUACAAAGCCCCAAGCACCCACAGAGGAACUUUUUUCUGGAGAGGCACAACCAGAAAAAAAUGUUGCCAACACAGCUGCAGAAAACAAGGAAGAAUCUGCUGACACACCAGUCGCCCAGUUGAAUGUAGAGCACGGUGAGAAGGCUGUUGAAGUCUAUGCAGAUGUUCAUGUAGAGCCAGAUGAGCAACCGGUUGCCAACACAGCAGCAGAAAACAAGGGAGAAAAUGCUGAUACAACAGCUGAGCAGUCAAACGAAGAACACACUGAGGCUAAGGCCUCUGCAGAUGCUCAUGUGGAAGAUCCUGUUUUAGAAACCUCUGAUGUGGCUGGUACAGAACAGAGUAAAGACCCUGCAGAGGCUGAACUGAAACCUGAAGAGGAACCUUCAAUCGAAACAGAGCCAACAAAUGCAACGCAACUGGAGGAUGUACAACCUGCAGAGGGGAGUUGUAAGAAAUAUCCUCCAGAACAUGCUGCAGAAGAAAUUUUUGAAGCUGUAGCUGUGGUUGUGGUGGAAUCAUCAUCUGAUACAAGUGAUGUGAUUCAUUCAACACCAGGAGAAGAGGCUGCUCUCCAAAACAGUGUGGAACAAGUCCCUGACUUAUUGGUAGAAUCUGUAUUUGAAUCACCCACUCAGUGUGCUACUGAAACUACUACAGAGGAGGGCUGUGAGAGAUGUCCUCCAGAACAAAGUUCAGAAGAAACUGUUGAGGCUGAGGUGGUGGUGGAGUCAUCACCUGAGACCCCUGCUGUAAAUAAUGCAACACCAAGAGAUGAGGCUUCUCUACAAGGCACUGUGGAAUCAGCCCUUGAUGUAUCUGAAUCGCCUACUCAAUCUGCUGCAGAAACUGCAGUCGAGUCUGUAGAGUCUAAAGUCGAGCCUGCAGCUCCAACAGAAUCAGUUUUCAAUAUCAGAGCUGAAGUAGUUGAGUGUGAAGUCCAUCCUGUUGAUAACACUGUUGUGGAGCAAAGUGUUGAGCCAGCACCUGAGAAUGCAGCAGAUCAUGUGAUUGAGUUGAGCAUUGAGGAUGCGCUUGAACCCGUACCUGCUUCAGAAGGUGGAGAAGUUCAGUUUUCUGACAGAGCCAUUGAACUGAUCGAUGCAUUAGAUGUGGAGCCAUCCACACCCGAAGCUCCUCCUAAACCUGUGGAAGAUACACAACAAUCCCACGGAGAGGAGUCAAAACCAAACCAGUCUGACGAUACAAACACCACCGACAUGUUUCAAAAGCCCAGGGAGGAGCAGCAGUCCACAUACACUCUGAAAGAGACCAGGAAUGGCGAAGCGGUUUGUUCUUUUUGUGACCAGAUAAUUGAUGGAAAUGUGAAGCUCACACUCAGUGAACCUCUGGUGACUUGCCACGCUGACUGUUUAAAGUGUGGUGUGUGUGCUAAGAUCCUGGGAGACUUGACGACCCCCAUGUUCCUGCAUGACCAAGUGAUCCACUGUCGUGGCUGCUUUGCAAAAACUCUUGAGGCCUGAAGCGUAACUGGGACAAACGUGUUGUCAGAAGACUCGAGGCAUAAUGUGAUUAAUGUGUUGUACUGGCGGAGAACCUCAUCGCUGUUUCCUUAACUCUGUGUUCUGUCUUUUUGAACCAAUUUUCCUGCUGAAAGUUUGUAGGACAUAAUGUAUUGUCAUGAUUUGGAAAAAUACAAAAAGGUUUUUCAUCAUAUUAUUU